UGCCAAGGUUCUCCUAAGCACAAUUCUCUUGCUUGUUGGUCUCCUACACAGGCUAUGCACAUGAGCCCAUGCCUCCUCCUCCAGUCCUCCUCACUCUCUCUCUUUCUCUGUCUGCAGUUGCAUACUUGCAUAGAGAUGAGAUGAUCUGAUCACCUAGCUAGACCUCUCUCCUCUCUCUCACCUGUCUGAAGCACAAGCCUAGACCUUAUGCAUGGCCGGACACAUCUGAUCAUAGGCCACACUCCUCCUGCCGCUCUCUCUCACACUCACGCUCACAGAGAUCGACACACACUGCUCUUGGUGCCAGGACCUAGCGGGGAGGGGAGAGGCAUCAGGGGGCCUUGGAGUCCCAUCAGUAAAGCACAUGUUUCCUUUCUGUGAUUCCUCGAGCCCCAUGGACUUACCGCUUUACCAACAGCUGCAGCUCAGCCCGCCUUCCCCAAAGCCGGACCAAUCCAGCAGCUUCUUCUACUACCCAUGCUCCCCUCCCUUCGCCGCCGCCGCCGCCGACGCCAGCUUCCACCUCAGCUACCAGCUCGGUAGCGCCGCCGCAGCGGCCACCCCGCCACAAGCCGUGAUCGACUCGCCGGAGCUGCCGGCGCAGCCGCUGAUGGAGCAGGCGCCGGCGCCGGCAUCAGAGCUGGACGCCGCCUGCGCCAAUGCACAAGGCGCCGGCGUCAGCCUCGACAGGGCCUCCGCGGUCGCGAGGAAAGACCGGCACAGCAAGAUAUGCACCGCCGGCGGGAUGAGGGACCGCCGGAUGCGGCUCUCCCUCGACGUCGCCCGCAAGUUCUUCGCGCUCCAGGACAUGCUUGGCUUCGACAAGGCCAGCAAGACGGUGCAAUGGCUCCUCAACACGUCCAAGGCCGCCAUCCAGGAGAUCAUGACCGACGACGCGUCGUCGGAGUGCGCGGAGGACGGCUCCAGCAGCCUCUCCGUCGACGGCAAGCCCAACCCGGUGGAGCUGGGACUGGGAGGAGGAGAUCAGCAGCCGAAGUGUAACGACCGCAGCGAGGGGAAGAAGCCGGCCAAGGCAAGAAAGGCGGCGACCGCCCCAAAGCCACCAAGAAAAUCGGGCAAUGCACACCCAGUCCCCGACAAGGAGACGAGGGCCAAGGCGAGGGAGAGGGCGAGGGAGCGGACGAAGGAGAAGCACCGGAUGCGGUGGGUGAAGCUUGCAUCAGCAAUUGACGUGGAGGCGGCGGCUGCCUCGGUGGCGAGGGACAGGCCGAGCUCGAACAAUUUGAACCACCACUCAUCGUCGAACAUGGCGUGUGGUGCUGCUGAAUUGGAGGAGAGGUGCUCAUCAACCCUCAACAAUGGAGGAACCAGGAUGCAAGAAAUCACAGGGGCGAGCGACGUGAUCCUAGCCUUCGGCAAUGGAGGAUACGGCGCCGCCGGCAACUACUACUGCCAAGAACAAUGGGACCUUGGUGGAGUCGUCUUUCAGCAGAACUCGCGCUUCUACUGAACAUGGGCACUAGGUACUAGUACUCUUCCAAUCCAACUUACAUAUAUCCUUGCCCCUCCCAUGAACUUAUUCCCAAUAAUUUCUUGUUUUAAUUAAUUCGUGUGUAUUUUUCUUCCUAGCCUUCGUAAUUGAC